AAACAGUGGUAUGCCCUUAUCCACUGACCGCUAUAUCGUCGAAAAUGACUGUGGUUCUAAAAAUUUUGAAAAGGUUCCUAUCUCUCAUAAGAACGAUUCUUAUGACGUAGAUAUGCAUUUGAAACAUUUCAUCGUUCCAGAUACUGUUCAUUUUAUUUUUGGCUUACGAGAGGACUUUGAUGGAAAACCUUAUAGCCUUGUUCAAUUUCUUUCUGUCUUAAGCGUCAAACUGCGCUUAAAUCCGACAAAUAUGAUUUUACACUAUGCAUUCGAACCUUCUGGUAUCUGGUGGAAUGCUACAAAAGAACUGGUUACUUUGAGAAAAGUCAUAGUAUGUGGAAAAUAUAUGAAAAGUGCUUUCACGGAUUCUCAUUCACGUUCUAUUAAUCAGGCACCUACUCAUGUAUGUGGAAGGCCCCUAUUUUCAGCUGCUCAUAGAGCGGAUUACCUUCGGUUGGAAAUACUUCAUCAAUUUGGAGGAAUCUACGUGGAUAUGGAUGUUCUCGUUCUGAAACCAUUUCAUUUUCUUCGACAAUACGACUUUUCCCUUGGUGAGGAGGGUGUCAAUGCUUCAGUGGGCUUAGGAAAUGCUGUGUUGAUUGCAAGGAAAGGAGCUCCAUUCGUGAAAAGAUGGAGAGCUGAAUACUGUCGACAUUAUGAUUCUUCGCAUUGGAAUCACUAUUCGGUAAUGCUCCCACAUCGCAUCUAUCGAACAUUUCCAGGCGAAGCUAAUGUUCUACCACAUCAUGCCUUUUAUAUGCCUCUAUGGGAUACAGUCGGUUUAAGCGAAUUGUAUUUCAAUACGAGUCAAGGAGACGAAACAGAGAAUCAUUUGGCUAUACAUUUAUGGAGUGAAAAGGUAGUCAUUUCACUCCCUUGUCCUAUGAUAUCUCUCCUUGUUCACAAGAAUUAUUUUAGGCCAAAAAUAUUCAAAGUCAAAUGUUUUUCGAUCACAUUUUUGUGAAAGGCAAAGGAAUGUUCCAUUA